AUGAUAGUCGCUAUCGCGGUGCCGCCUGCACUGGUGAGCCUCCUCGCCUGGUCCACGCACCCCGGGCCCGAACAAGAGCGGUGGCCCGGCCGGCCGCAGUUGAACAAGGUCUCGGGCGUGCCGGCAACGCCAUUCAUCACGUCCGAUCGAAUCGACCAGCUGCAGAACGGCACGUUCAAGCCCUCUAGCAAGGACAUCUGGGUCGCCACGUACCCCAAGACCGGCACCACCUGGACCCAGACCAUCGUCAACCACAUCAACGGCUUCCCGCCGCUGGAGCGCGGCCAGUACCCCUUCACGUACUGCCCCUGGCCAGAGGUCAGCCUCGGGCUGCCGCCGCUCCGGUACUCCAUCGAAGAGAUCAACGACUUCAAGCGCUGGGAAGGGCCGGUUGGCGGUUGGCGGUGCUUGAAGUCGCACUGGCACUACGCGGACCACAUGGCGGACGCGGGCAAGCGCGUCAUCUACGUGAUGCGGAACGUGCUGGAUGUGGCCACCAGCUUCUACCACCAUAGUCGCCGCUUCCACUUCGUCUACCUCGACAUGGCCGACGUCAGCUUCGACGCGUUUUUCGAGAUGCUCAAGGCGGGAAACGUCGACAACGGCGACUACUUUGACCACGUCGCGUCGUGGUGGGCAGUGAAGGAUCGGCCAAACGUCUUGUUUGUCCGCUACGAGGACCUGCUCGCAGACCCGGCCGCCGUGAUCAGGCGGAUCGCCGCGCAUAUGGGGGUGGAGCUGACCGACGCUUUCGUGGCCCAGAUCGUCGAGCUGAGCUCGUUCAGGCGCAUGAAGCAGUUCUAUGGUGGCGACGUCGGCGAGAUCGUCCUCACCGCGGUCGGGGCGCUCCGGGGACCCUUCUUCCGGAGGGGCGAGCUCGGCACGUACAGAGAGUCCGUCAACGCCGAGCAGCGCGCGUGGGCGAUCGAGCAGUACUUGCGGAAGCUCGCGCCGCUCGGGGUCCCGCGGGACUGGGUCAUCCCAGCAGCAGCAGUAGGCGAGCCAGGCUGA